AUGUCCAACUCUCCUUCACUCCAGCAACAAAUUUCCCUCUUUCGCUCUCGAAUCCAAAGCCGAAGCUUUGAUGAUGUAACUGUUCGAAUUCUGGAAACGAUUUUGGUCUCCAAGGAUGUGCAGUCGUUGAUUGGAGUCAGAUCGGCCUUGACACAGUUCAUGAGAGAUGAAUGUCUUCUUAUUGUUCGAGAAAUUAGAGAAGAAUCUGUUGAGAUUAAGCUUCUGUGUGCUGAUUUUCUGAUUCAUGUUUUUGCUAUAAUUGGUGACGUUGAGAGUUGCUUGGCCUUGAGAUAUGAAGCAUUAACUCUGCGAGAACAGAAAGCAACCACUUACCCUGAGCUUCAAGUUGAUUGUAAAGAAUGGUUCACCUUUGCUGAGCAAUCUGUUGAGAAUGGAUUCCAUUCCAUUGCAAACCAGGCAUGUGAAAAGGCACUCAUGUGCUCUAAGGCAAAUCAUGUGGCUAACCCCAAAAUGGAUGAUGUCUUCAAUGAUAUGCAUGCUAUCAGGAAAAUCGAAAGAGUGAAGGAUGCUGCUCUAUUUACAAUUUCUUCACAAUCUGUCCAGGCGCAGGCAGCACUGUACCUAAGGCAAAGAGAACUCGAGCAGAGCACACCACAAUUGGUCAGCUCCAUUGAAGCACAAAGUUCUGGAAGCUCUCGGUUUAGAAGCGGGAUCAGAAAGCACAACAUGCGGAAAUUGCAUCACUGCCGAUGUUUAUAACUGUUGUCCUGAUGAAGGCAAGAGUUGAUCCAGCUAUAUAUGCACUGUCUCAUGACCAACUCCGCUCGCUCACGUGCUUAUCUAUUCUUCCUCAACCUCAUCAGCUCCCUGCUUAAUUAGGUCAGACGAUGUUAAUAAGGUCUAAUUUAAUUGACGAAAUCGAGAUUUCUAAAAUUAUGGGUUCGGACCCCCACUAUAUGCGUAAGAUAUUGUUCUACUGUAUAGUAGGAGUUGUCUAGAUUUAAUUUAUCUGAUAUUGUUGAUCAGGAUAUGAUAUGUUGUUGUAAUUAUCUUCGAUAAAAAUGAUUGUUUCAAUUAA